AUGUUAUAUUAUAAAGCAAUUACUCCCUCUAUGAGGCAUUUAUGUUUGGUUAAUAAAAAAAAUUUAGAAAAAAGUAUUUUUCUUCCAUCUUUAUUGCUAAAAAAAAAUUCUUGUUAUGGAAGAAAUAAAGACGGUAGGAUUACUGUGUUCCAUAAAGAAUGUGGUCAUAAAAAAUUAUAUAGACUCGUUGAUUUUUUUUAUUUAAAAGAAAUUCCUUAUAUAGUCGAAAGUAUCGAAUAUGACCCAAAUAGAUCUAGUUUUAUCAAUUUAAUUUUUUAUAAAAAUGGCGUUUAUUCUUUUAUCAUAGCUACAUCAGGAGUGAUUCUUGGCAAUACAUAUAUGUGUAGUAUUAAAUUGUAUGAUUUUUUAAAAAUAGGGAAUAGAUCUUUUUUUUUAAAUUUACCAAUAGGUUCUAUAGUACAUAAUAUAUCUACAUUAUUAAAUAGCAAUUCUAAAUAUUUACGUGCUGCAGGAGUUUCUGGUAUAUUGGUAAAAAAAGAAAAGGGUUACGCAUAUAUUAAGUUACCUUGUUCUGGUGGUUUUAAAUUAUUAAAAAGUUCUUUGUAUGGUUUUGGUACAUUAGGGAAAACAUCAAAUACUUCUUUUCGUUCUAUUAAAUUUGGUAAAGCAGGACGUUCGCGAUGGUAUGGAAUACGCCCUACAGUAAGAGGAGUAGCAAUGAAUCCAGUAGACCAUCCUCACGGAGGAGGGGAAGGAAAAAAAUCAAAAAAGUCAUCUCCUACAAAUAAGUGGGCAAGUGUGAUUAAGUAUAGUAGAAAGUUUAAAAGAAAGAAAAGUUAA